CAUCACUGACUUUAAACACUCACGCCGAAGUUAUGAAGCCAGCCGUUGAUGAAAUGUUUCCUGAGGGAGCCGGUCCGUAUGUCGACCUCGAUGAGGCAGGGGGCAGCACUGGACUGCUGAUGGACCUGGCAGCAAACGAGAAGGCAGUGCAUUCAGACUUUUUCAAUGAUUUUGAGGAUCUAUUUGAUGACGAUGAUCUUCAGUGAUGAAGAGGACAACUAGGCUGGAUUACUUGAUUGUAUAAAAAUGUUAAUUGUGUACAUGGAUUUGUUUUUAUCUUGUGAUGCUUUAUUGUAAACUUUUCAGCUUAGUUUUUUUUCGUCAUUAAAAUUUUGUGAAAUAAUAUGUCUUCCUCGUGCCAGAUGUUUCUACAUUUUAAAAAUCCCAGACAUUCCGAGUCCAAAGUUGGAAUUAUUGUAAACGUGUUUCUUCCUAGGCUGAAAUCUGUUUCUAGCCUUGAUUGUAGGUUUUUGCGCAUUCCUGAACACCUUUAAGGGGUCAUAAUUACAUGUGUGAUCCGCUGUUAACAUAAGAUACAGAUGUUUUAGACCCAUCUCUGACAUUGACAGAAAAAAACAUUUUUCUUUACAGAUUUAUCUGAACUGACUCUAUAAUCACUCUAUCUGGUACUAUCAGGUUAAAUG